UUUGCCUUUAACUCACCUGACAGGUCGGGACGGUCGGGACACACCUGAGACCAACUUCCGGGAGACUUUCACAACAUCAACAACACCAGCGGACACAUUAGAAGAGAAGAGAAGAGAAGAGAAGAAGAGUGUACAGACAGACAGAGAGGCAGACAGACAGACAGACAGAGACACAGACAGACAGACAGAGACACAGACAGACAGACAGACAGACAUGUCUCUGCUGACAGACGGCCAGUGUCUGACAGGAAGUACCAAGAUGGAGGACAGCGGGGGGGUGAAGGUGAACCAGAUGGACGGAGAAGACGAGUGGGAGGAGCCCAGAGACAGACAGACAGGUGGACAGACAGGUAAAGGUGACCGGCGCAGUGUGAGGUCAGCGGCGAGCUGGACAGAGAGUCAGUUAGAGGGGGCGGGGCUUAGGACGCCGCUGGAGGAGGAGCCUGAGAGUCAGAGAGAAGGGGUGGGGCUUAGGAUGCCUCUGGGGGCGGAGCUUAGGACAGCGCUGGAGGCGGAGCCUGCAGAGAACGAGCUGCCGGAGCACGCAGCGCAGGUGUUCAGUCCAUCAGUCGCUGUCCUCCACUGCCCCAACUCAUCCAGAGACACUGAGGCAUUCUGGGAAAUGGAGUCUGAGAAGAGACCCUUCCUGGGCCCCCGAGGAGAACCACAGGACUACAACCAACAUGGCUGCCAGUACGAGUGGGCCGAGGACACGCCACCUGCCAGAUGUGGGCCUGGCUGUCUCAGCCGGGACGUCCUGAAAGGGGGCGUGUCCCUGAUGACAUCACUGCUGUUCUUCCCCCUGCUGGUGUGGGGGGGGUUUGUGUUCCUGCCGUUCGACGCCCCGCUGAUGGACGGCGCCGCGCUGCGACUCGUCUACGUGCUGCGCUGCUCCGUGUUCGCCACCAUCCCCAUAGUACUGGGUUGGCUGGUGCUCGGCGCCAGUCGACUCAGGUCCUCUGGGAUUGGUCCUCGGUUUGAUGACGAGUUGAAGGAGGCGGAGCCUCAGGAGGUCUCUGUCCACCGGCGCUUUGUCUCUGACUCCGCCUCCUUGUUCCUGAUCUACUUCCUGCAGCUGGUCGUCAUGGCGAUGUACCUGAGCCAGCACCAGCUGAAGCUUGUCCCGCUGCUGACCGUGGUCUUCGCCUUCGGACGGCUGGUUUACUGGGUGGCGGCGGCGUGCGGCAGCAGCGUCCGGGCGUUCGGUUUCGGCCUCUCCUUCGUGCCGAGUCUCGCCAUGAUGGCCGCCAACAUCUACUUCCUGUUCACGGUGGAGGCGGAAGGGUCCAUCUUCAGCCUGGCGCCGGGGGAGGACGCACUGACCCCGCCCCCCGCCAGACAGAGGUUCUGGGGAUGACAUCAUCACUCAGACAGAAGUUCUGGGGGUGACAUCAUCACUCAGAGGUUCUGGGGAUGACAUCAUAUGACAUCAUCACUCAUCUGACACAUGUAUUUUAUUUCAGUUUUUUAUGUUUAUAAAGUUUUAUUCUUUGUCAGAUAAAUGUUUAAAAGGCGCUAAGCCCCGCCCACUCCAUCUGUUUGUUUCAUUCAUUUUUUAUUAACAUUUUCAGUUUUGUUGGGGAACCACUUCCUGUUGUCUGUUGCUACGGUGAUUUAGUAAAAUCAUUAAAUAUUUGAUGCUCAGUUUAAAGAGCUUGUUUUCAUAUUUCAGAUUAAACUUUUACUCUCAAA